CCCGGCGCGGCGCUGCGAGGUGCCCCUCACACCCAGCUCCGGCAACUUCGGCGCCCUCGGCCCGCGUUCGCCAUGCCCGAGCAGCUGAGCGUCGCCGAAUUCCUGGCCGUCGCCACCGACGACCUCCGCUCCCCGGCGGGGGCCGCCGCCUUCGUGGAGAAGAUGCCCCGGUGCCGAGCGGCGGCACUGACGCGGGAGGAGUUCCUGGAAGUAGACCAGGCCAUCCUACAGAGAAUAAAGAAGGCUGUGCGCAACAUCCAUAGUUCUGGCCUUGGCCAUGUGGAGAAUGAAGAGCAAUACCGAGAGGCUGUGGAGUACUUAGGCAAUAGCCACUUGUCCCAGAAUAGCCACGAGCUGUCUACAGGCUUCCUGAAUCUGGCCGUGUUCACCCGUGAGGUGGCUGCACUCUUCAAAAACCUGGUUCAGAAUCUGAACAACAUUGUCUCUUUCCCCCUGGACAGCAUAUUGAAGGGGCAGCUGAGGGACGGGAGGCAGGAUUCCAAAAAGCAGUUGGAGAAGGCAUUGAAGGACUACGAAGCCAAAGUGGCCAGGCUGGAGAAGGAGAAGGACCGGGCCAAGGUGACAGGAGGGAACCUUGGGGAGAUGACCCAGGACACUCAGAGAGAACGACAAGUCUUCCAGCUGCACAUGUGUGAGUAUCUGCUCAAAGCUGGAGAGAGCCAGGUGAAGCAAGGGCCUGAUUUCCUGCAGAGCCUCAUCAAGUUCUUUCAUGCCCAGCACAAUUUUUUUCAAGAUGGCCUGAAGGCUGCUCAGAGCCUGUCACCCUUCAUUGAAAAGCUGGCAGCCACAGUACACACACUGAGGCAGGCCCAGGAGGAGGAGUUGCAGAAGCUGACCCAGCUCCGGGACACCCUUCGAGGGACACUACAGCUUGAGAAUAGAGAGGAGAAUCUGAACAGGAAGAACUCAGGAGGUAGCUACAGCAUCCACCAACACCAAGGCAACAAGCAAUUUGGGACAGAGAAGUUGGGCUAUCUGUACAAGAAAAGUGAUGGAAUUCGAAGAGUCUGGCAGAAAAGGAAGUGUGGAAUCAAGUAUGGUUGCCUGACCAUCUCACACAGCACGAUAAACAGGCCCCCGGUGAAACUGACCCUGCUGACCUGCCAAGUGAGACCCAACCCUGAGGAAAAGAAGUGCUUUGACCUGGUUACACACAACAGAACUUAUCACUUCCAGGCGGAAGAUGAACAUGAAUGUGAGGCAUGGGUGUCAGUGCUGCAGAACAGUAAGGAUGAAGCCUUGAGCAGCGCCUUCCAGGAGGAGCCCAGAGCCAGCCCAGGGCCCUGGGGAGGCACCGCUGGUCUGGAACGGGAGCUCCGGGAUCUUACAAAGCUGCUUAUCAAACAGGUGAAGAAUAGGCGUGGGAAUGACCGGUGCUGCGACUGCGGGGCUGCAGACCCCAAGUGGCUCAGCACCAACCUGGGGGUGCUCACCUGUAUCCAGUGCUCUGGCAUCCACCGUGAGCUGGGUGUGCGCUUCUCCCGAAUGCAGUCCCUCACCUUGGACCUGCUGAGUCCGUAUGAGUUGUUGAUUGCUUCGUGCAUGGGAAACUCCCGCUUCAAUGAAGUCAUGGAAGCCCAGCUGUCCUCAAAUGGUGGAGCUAAACCCUCAGCCGAUAGUGACAUGAGUGCCCGCAGAGAAUUUAUUGUGGCCAAGUACUUGGAACACAAGUAUGCUCGAAGAUGUCCUCAUGGCCCCGAGAUGCUCCAGUGUGCCAUUCACCACCAGGAUUUUAAUUCAUUACUAGAGACCUUUGCGAAUGGGCAGGACUUUGGACAACCUUUGCCUGAGUCAGAAGGACAGGCAGCUGGAGAACUUGCCCUGCACUUGGCCAUCAAAACCGCUGACCAGAUCACUCUACCCCUGGUGGACUUCAUUCUUCAGAAUGGCGGUCACCCAGAUGCCAAGGAUGCUGAUGGAAACAGUGCCCUGCACUGUGCUGCUUUCUACAACAAACCCGACUGCCUCAAGUUGCUGCUGAAAGGGAGAGCCUCAGUUGGCACAGUAAACAAAGCAGGAGAGACAGCCCUGGACAUUGCCAGGAAGAAGCAGCACAAGCAGUGUGAGGAGCUGCUGGAGCAGGCCCAAGCUGGGGUCCUGGCCUUCCCUUUGAACCUGGAAUUGUGGAUUUCUCCAGAGGCUAGUUCUGACAGUGAAGAGGAGGAGGAAGAGAAGCACUGCCCUCUGAAGCACCCAGCCCAGCCCCGCUGGGCCAGUGGGGGACUGGAUGUUAGCAACAAGACCUAUGAGACCAUCGCCACUGCGGGACCAGCCAGUCCCCAGAGCCAGAAUGAGAAUUUCCCCCCACCCUUGCCAGUUAAGAACCCUUCUCGGACUGUUGUCCAAGGAUAUAACAGUGGAGAUCGAUCGGAAAUCCUCACCCUGAGCUCAGAGCUCCUUGGACCCCCCGAGAGCCUUGGCAGUCCAGCAUCCUCUUCCUCCAGCCUCACCAGUCCUGUGGAACAUGGAAGUCUCUGUCAAACCCUUCUCAGCUCUGAAGAGGGUCUCUGCGAAUCUCCCAGCCUCUCCCGGCCUGGCCCGAUGUCAGGAACCCCUUCUGUAGAGACGUAUCCCCCAGUCAGGUUCAGCUCCGAGAGUACUCGCUCCUAUCGGCGUGGGAGCCGGAACCCGGAGGACUGUCCCUCAGCCAGGCAGCCUCUCCCCAGAAGGAACACACCGACUGGCUUCACUGAUGCAGAUGGCUCCAAGACUGGGGCUCUACCAGCAAGCUCUGUGCAGCUUUUACAAGACUAGCUCCUUGCUGGUCCUUGUAUGCAUGACCAUCCUUAUGCUGGACCUCAACAUUCAGAGCUAGGAUUUGAACCCAUGAGACUGGGGAGCUGAGGUGUUCAUUCCCCUAUGUCUUGCUUUCUCUGUCCCUUGUGUCUAUAGCUGGCCUCUCUUCCUGCUGUGGAGCCAAGCCCCUCCAUGCUGGAGCUGACAUGUAGUCUCUCCCCUCUGCCUCAUUGUCUCCAGGUACCAGGGAGCCAUAUGGAUGGAUGUAAGUGCAACUGAGCUUUCUUCAGUUCCAGAACUGCAAUCUCAUCAGAUCAGGCC